GCAUGGUCGUGCAAGCUCGACCCUCAACACCAGCUAGCCAUUCCCUAGCUAUAGAUAAACAACAGCAGACGCGGUCAGUACUGAUCCUUCAGGAGGAACAAGACGCGAAGGGUUGUGGAAUGCGUGAGUGGGGCCUGCCUAUCCCUGCUAGCUAGCUAGCUACUCGACAUCAUUAGGUCAGCCUUACCUCAUCGACUCGAAAGUUCCACGGUGUACGAUACAUAUCAACCAUUCCUCUGUUUAUACCUUCUCUUAAUUUUCUUUAUUUUCCCACUCUUCUUGGCUUACUUUGACCUCGACUUCCAUCAAUCUAAUCACAUCAACGAAGUCUCCAAUUAUGCCAAGCCUUUAUAUGUUGCCGCCGGUGACUGCAGCAGUAUUCGUUCCCCAUCCCAUGCACAUCCCAGAACCAUGGUGAUGAGGGGAUCCAAGGCCGGCGCCGGCGGUAGGUCGCCGCCCAAAGUGGUGGUCAUCGAGACGCGACACGUGCGGACGGACGCGAAGCACUUCAAGGCGGUGGUGCAAAGCCUCACCGGGAAGGACUCCACCCUCGAGGCCGUUGUGCCGGAGAAGCCGGACAUCAGCUACGUCGGAGGGUUUAUUGGAGGUCGAUGUAGCAACGCUUUCGGUGUCGCGAGAUGGCCAGCGGAGGCCAAAUACCUUCCGCUGUUGCAGCCUCCCGUGGUUCUACUGCCUCCGCCGUCGGCUUUGACUCUGAAAGAGUCCGAGUCUUCGAAUUCAGCGUUGGAGAUUCUACUAGACGACGGUUGCUAUAUGCUUCGCCAACACUACUCUUCCGACUAUUUCUAUUAGGAUAUGCAUCGUCGAAGAUCUACAAUAUAAUUGGAUAUGGUGCAGAACAUAGCGUAUCUUAGUACGUAUAUGCACAGUACUGAGAUGCAGCACGUUCUAUAUGUAUGUCGAUUCUCUCUAAUGAA